AGUUGGCGUCUUCCAGAAAAGUUAUAAAGUGUGUUUAAAAUAGGGAGCAGUUUAAAUUACUUUACCUUUUGAGGGCAAUUGAAAUUACUUAUUUUUGUUCUGAAAUAACAAUUACAAAUAUGGAACAGGACAGAAAUUGCACUCAGUUGUAUGCUUUCAUCAGAUCAGUUUUCCCAAAUUUGAACAAUGAAGAUUUGAAAGUUAUUGUAGAGAAGAUUCAGGAUUUGGGAGUAUACCACGCAGAAGAUGUCAAGUACAUAAAGGAGGAAGAACUGCUUGGUGUUCUGAAACCAGUUCAAGCACGGAAAUUGAUUUCUAGCAAUUUAGUCACAAGUGAAUAUUUUAAUCCCAAUCCCUGUGGUUAUUCACCCCGAGUCACUGAAAUGUCUCUGUCUAGUUCGUGUUGUUCAAACAUUAGUGGAGGUGGAGUAGACUCUGAUACCACUAGUAACAGCUGGAUAGAUGACUUUUACAUACCGUGGACAAAACUGCCAUCUGAUUUAAUGGGAUAUUUGGAAAGAGGAGGGAGACUGCCCCCAAAAAGGCAAGGAGAACUGAUUAGAAUUGUGAUAAGUGAAGUAAUGUCAGUGUGCAAGGUGCCGUUGAAAAGACACUUAAUACACAUAGCAGCAAAGAUGGUUAAUAAAUACCCUCGGUCAUUAAAGGAUGUGAUUGAAGGAGAAAUUAUUGGUAGUGGAUAUGACUCCUUACUAAAACAGCUUCAUGCAAGAGCAGAAAAUGUUAAACGGGAUGACCAUGCAAAAAGUAAAAGGAAGAAAGCAACAUCCAGUGGAAGUAAUACUGACGAAGUUUCACCACAUCAGCGUGCCUGCAUACAAGACACGUAUGGCUGUGUGAAUUGGUGUCCUGAUCAGAUGCCACUGGGAGAAACAGUAGAAACCCGAAAAUGUUUCUUGAGGGAAUUCAAGAUUCAUCAAUUAUAUCCCAGAAAAUGGUGGUAA